ACGAGUGCUACCCGGCAAAAUACAAGUUUAUGCGUGCGAUGGGACAAGUUCCCGGAAGAAAAACUUUGUACAAAGAUGCCGUGCCAACAAUUCAUACCGGCGUCCUGGCGGAGAGUAUUAGUAACAAGACUGAUACAAGUCCAGCGUAUCCGGCUGUCUCAACACCUAAAAGGCCAAGGAUUGCUUUUCUUAAAAGAGAAAAUGCUAGGGUAACUCUGCAGUAUUCGGAGGACACCCAUGACGAGGACACAAGCCACCAAGUACAGGACACUGAUUCUCUUACCGACAGCUCUAUUCAGACUUUAACCAAGGCUAAGACUGUUAGAACAUAUGGUACUCAAAUAUCUUACAAGCAGCCUAAUAAGAGAAGUGUGCGUGUACAAGUAAGGCCCUUUGGAUCAAAUAAAGUUUGCCAGACAGAGAUGUUGCAUCCUCCAGAAAGAAGAAGCGUUCAAGUACAAUGUGAUCUCCUGAAACCAAACCAAACAAUACAAGUACAAGAACCACCCCCAGACAAUGAACUUGACACAACUUGGUCAAGUUUAGAGUCCAAUGCAACAACUGAUUCUGAUGAGACAUAUGAACAGUCAGAAUGUGAAUCACAAGCUUCAUGUUCGAGUGCUGAUGAUUG